CGCCUUCGUUUCUCAACAUUGUAACGUCAACUGAUGGCAGACACACAAAUACACACGGCAAGAGACGUGUGUGUAUCUGUGUCUAGGUGGAGCGCUCGAAGUGGUCGGCAUGGCACGCUCUGGAUGGCCUGCCAUGUCGCGAGGCGAUGCACCAGUUUGUGAAUAUGAUGGACAGGGUUGUGCCCGACUGGCGGGCGCAUGCUAAGUGGGGGGAUCAGGGACGAUAGAUAAGCCGUCAUCGGCUGAUAAGUCGUUUGCGCUAUCUCUCUCUCUCUCUCCCUCUCUCUCUCUCCCUCUCUGCGUGCGUGGCGGGUGUGAUUUGUGGGAGCGUUUUGUGUGUGAGAUGGAUGAGGGUACGAGAGCAUUCAUGGAACAAACAAAUGCUACACCGAAAAAAGUCAUCACGGUCCGAUACAGCUCACGGCAGAGGACACUCACCCAUCCCCUCAUGACAUGAGUGGACAUCAUGCACACCAACAUCAGCGGCCUGAUAAAAAUGUGCGCUUUUCUUCAUGCCCCUGCCCUUGCACACACGCUGGACAAUUCACGACACAUCCACGCAUAGAGAGUGAUAUGGCUAGUAAAAUCACAAGGCAUUUCCUCUUUGCCACUCAAAUCUCAGACACACAGUCAGCCAGACAACGAGGGAAGAGCCCCCGGCCGCAUGCACACGAAUGUGUGACACACACAGCCGCCCCCACGUGUGUGUGAGUGUGUGUGUGUGUGGACUCUCUCUCUCCUACUCUAUGCUGAUCAAACGCAGCUGACGGAAGGGAGGUACUUUCUGUGUCUUCCACCGCCCCCGGCUGGCACCGCCUCGCCGGCUCUCUGUUGUCAAGAACCGACCAAGAAGGUGAGAGCCGCCAGAGAGAAGACGCAGCAAUCAGCACGGCCACACCAGCGUCACAUCCACACCAACCAAACAAGGCGACACCACCAAAACCAACAGGCUCUCUUUCGACCGGCAAGCGAACAUCAUCCCAGCACACACAUUGACGGCACCAUGGUUUGUAGACAGCAAGCAUACACAUACACACACAUACACACACAUACACACACACACACACACACACAGAGAGAGAGAGAGAGAGAGAGAGAACCUGCCACUAUCUUCAGGCACCGGAUGAGCGUCACGUGCACGCAGACCCUUUUUCCACUACCCCUACAUACUCUCAGCUACCGAGGAACAGCCUUUGGUCGAGCUCUUCACCGACGCCUGGUGUCGCUUGAGCUGGUGGAUGAGGGCGUGGUAGUGCUGCAGCGGCUCACGCAGCUUGGGGUAUAGCACCACCCGAAGUCGGGGAAAUUGGCGGAAUCGCCUGGAAAAUCGGCUGCGGGAGCGGCGAGGGAUCGAUCCCCGGCAGCCUGGGGCUGUAAGUCGGCUGCGUGAUCGGCCGGAGCGGCGGGGGAUCGAUCCCCGGCAGCCUGGGGCUGUAAGUCGGCUGCGGGAUCGGCCUGGGGCUGUAAGUCGGCUGCGGGAACGGCGAGGGAUCGAUCCCCGGCAGCCUCCCGCCGUCAGUCGGCUGCGGAAUCUCCAAGACGACGUCCUCGAUGCCGUAUUGUCCGAAGGGGGUCUCAUAUACGUCGGCCCCCUGGGACGCAUUGCUGUCCUUGACCAGCCACCUGCAGCAAAGAAACAGACAGACAGACAGACAGACAGACAGCCAAAUAGAGAGAGGGAGAGAGAGAGAGACGGAGAGCCGAACAAAGUGCCUCCUCCUCACUUACAUCAACUGGCCGUCUUCUGUUGUCUUAUAGCCAAAGAUCACCACUGCAUGAGCGCCGGCAGGCGUUUGAUAAGCGACUGAAUCAAGGCAAAGUACAGAAGCCAGCAUCUCGCUUGUUGUUGUUGCUGUUGGCUGUUGUUGCCGGUCACCUGACACGACAGGCCCUGACCGUUUGAGAGACCUGAGGCCACAUGAACAGAGGAGAAGAACAGAGCUCGUCGAAAGUGCGGCUGCGGCAUUGGCUUUGCAGGCCGCUACCUGCGGAUCUCGUCUUGCCCCUGAAGGCGCUUUGGGGGGAUUCCAGUCAGAGAUUCCAGUACCUUCUCAGGAUACCCCUCCCUCUCAGACCCGCAGUGAGGCAUCGCCUGGGGAGGUACUGGAACCAGUCGAGUGUUGCUGGGGAUGUUGCUACCCGACAGGAACCAGCACCUCAGUGCCGUGACCGCCGAGUGGAACCAGCACGUGCCGAGGUGUUGUUGGAUGGGUUCCUCAAGGACCGGGCAGAGAGCAGGGAAGGCAUCUCGGCAGUCGAAGCUUGGUGGCAGCCAGUCCGACAUCUCUCAGUUCGCUUGGUCUGUGUUUGGCCGUGGGACUACGCUGAUGUUGGCACGCAACAGUCAGG